AUGUCUAAAUUUCCCGGUCUUGAAUUAAUACAUACACAUUAUCAAGAUGUUUAUAAAAAUGAUGAUUGGAAAUAUUUAAUAAAUGUGUUCCAUUAUGUCAUGUGGGAAUAUAACUUCUUGGUUGUCGGUGAAAAUGGUCCAAAUGAUUUAUCAAAAUGUAAUCUUGUACAUAUUUCAAUGUUGGUGGCAAGCUUCAAACAACAUAUUAUUUCAUUAAUUAAUGUUCAACCUGGUGCUCAACAUGCUCAAGCUCAAACAUUAAAUAGUAAUACUGGUGAUAAAGGUGUUGGUAAUUCUGAAAAUCAUACUGAUCCAACUACUAAAACACGUGCAUUAUGA